CCUAACUCUCACCUCUACAACCUAAAUCAAAUUCAUCGACCAUCAAUGGCUAAACUUCUCUUCAUCUCCUUCCUCCUACUCACCAUUUUCUUGUCGGCGGCGUCCUUCGAUCCAAAAAACUCGAUUCCCCGACGCAAGGCGAAACCGGCAGCGAUCAUCCAUUACUACGCCCAUGCUGCCGUGGGAGGGCCGAGCCCCAACGUAUACGAGGUUGCAAGAGCAUCGGUCACGGAAGGUUCGCCGACACAAUUUGGACAGGUUAGUGUUAUGGACUCUAAGCUCACGGUGGGUCCCGACAAGGACUCGCCGGAGCUGGGGCGAGUGCAGGGGAUGUUGGUUUGGCCGGACAUGCAAGAGACGGCACUGAUGUCGAUCGUCAGUGUGGUGUUUACAGCAGGGCUGUACAAUGGGAGCACGUUGAGUGCAUUCGGGAGGAAUCCGGUCAGGAUCACCACAGGCCGAGAGGUGCCGAUUGUUGGAGGGUCGGGUUUUUUUCAGAUGGCCAAAGGUUAUGUGAUAGAAAAUUUGUAUUUGUUCGACCCCGUUGAGAAUUAUUUUGUCAUGAACAAUACAGCAUACGUGUUUUUUUAAUAGAACGUUCUGUUAUAUAUAUAUUUUUGAAUUUUU